CUAACGCGCACAUGUUGUGUUUGUUGACAAAUAUCCACAAGCAUGUCUCGUAAAAAGUGGACUUCUCUGGACAAACCGCCGCUCUCCGAGCCUGUGCUACAGGUGGUCGAGAGCUUCGGCUUUCAGCAGAUGACCCCGGUGCAAACGGCGGCUAUCCCCCUGCUGUUGGCCAGAAAAGACGUUUCGGCAGAAGCUGUAACGGGCAGUGGGAAAACGUUGGCUUUCCUCGUGCCUCUGCUGGAAAUUCUUCAAAGGCGCCACAAGGAGACGCCAUGGGGACCCAAGGAAAUCGGAGCACUUAUCAUCUCACCAACAAGGGAGCUAGCGCGCCAAAUAUCCGAGGUUCUGGCCAAAUUCCUGGAGCACGAGGAUCUUGACUAUCUGAACCAGCAGCUUAUUGUGGGCGGCAAUAGCAUCGAGGAAGAUAUAGCCACCUUGCGAAAGGAAACACCCUGCAUUCUUGUGUGCACUCCAGGCAGGCUGGAGGAUCUGUUCCAGAGGAAGGGCAGUGAUCUAAACCUGGCAGCGCGAGUCAAGAGCCUGGAGUUCUUGGUUCUUGACGAGGCUGACCGGUUGCUGGACUUGGGAUUCAAGACCAGUGUCAACAAUAUUCUGGGCUACCUUCCUCGCCAGCGCAGGACAGGACUCUUCUCGGCCACUCAAACCACCGAGGUCACGGAUCUGAUACGUGCUGGUCUCCGGAAUCCCGUUCUGGUUUCUGUUAAAGAAAAAGCCUCCGUCAACACACCCGCCCGGCUGCAGAACUUUUACAAAAUCGUCGAGCCAGAAAGAAAGUUCAUAUCCCUGCUGGAGUUUCUAUCCUCUCCAGCUACCCGCACCGGCAAGGUGAUGGUGUUCUUUCCCACCUGUGCUUGCGUGGAGUACUGGGCGGAAGCCCUACCACCAUUGCUGCCCAAGCGUACGGUUCUGGGUAUCCAUGGAAAGAUGAAGAACAAACGGGCUAAUGUGGUUGAAAAGUUCCGAAACGAACCCAAUGCUGUGCUACUAAGCACAGAUGUCCUGGCACGCGGGUUGGAUGUGCCCGAGAUCGAAUGGGUAGUUCAGUGGGAUCCACCAUCUACCGCCUCCAGUUUUGUACAUCGCGUGGGAAGAACGGCCCGUCAAGGAAACGAGGGAAACGCUUUAGUGUUUCUUCUGCCCAGUGAGGAUGCGUAUAUACACUUCCUCAAAAUCAACCAGAAGGUGGAGCUGAAUGAGCUGCCCGAGGAGGAUGAACCAGCAUCCUACGAGCUGCCAGUCGUGCUGAAGAAACUACAUCAACAGCAGGCCGCGGAUAAGGGUGUCUACGACAAGGGAAUGCGGGCUUUUGUGUCGCAUGUGCGAGCUUACUCGAAACACGAGUGUAGCGCCAUUCUUCGGCUUAAAGAUCUGGAUCUGGGCAAGAUGGCCACCGCUUACGGACUACUCCAGCUGCCCCGUAUGCCGGAGUUAAAGAACUACAGUGGAGACGGCUACAUAGCGCCCGAAUUCGAGGUGGAUCUCACCAAAAUGACCUACAAGAAUGCCCAGAAGGAGCAAGUCCGGCAGCAGAAACUUCAAACUUAUGAGGAAACAGGCAGCUGGCCAGGUCAGAAGCUGCACAAGAAACAGACCGAGUCUUGGGAUCAAACGAAGAAGGCCAAAAUGGACGCCAAGUCGAAGAAGGAACUCCGAAAGGCAAAGAAACAACGAAAGAAGGCGGCUGAAGGAGAGUCGGGGCCCUUGAAGCGAAAAAAGAAGCAGCAGUUUUCUCAAGAGGAUCUGGACGAGCUUGCCAGUGACAUCCGGCUCUUCAAGCGUCUCAAAAAGAAGAAGAUCACCGAAGAGGACUAUGAGAAGGCUAUGGGUAUUGAGGGCGAUGAUUAAUCCUA